GACUGCUGCCGACUCUUUCUAUACCUCUAUCUAUUUUUCUUGCUUUUUCUCGUGGAGGUGCGGUCGGAGCUGCGGGAUGUGGAUCCCCGCUCUGGACCCACACCCGGUCUGCAUAAGCUGCCUGGGUGUCAACCAUGCCCCGCGUUUUGAGGCGACCCAGAAAAGCACGGAGGCGGUGAAGAGCUUUCUGCCUCGGCGAGAAGGGAUCUCCCGCCCCACCGCGCAGGCGCCGACAAUGGCCACUCACCAUGUGCGGGUAAGACGCAGGGGUGCGCCACACCCACAGCGGCAGCAACAACAGCAGCAGCAGCAGCAGAGGCCGCCUGGACAACAGAGGGACAUCUACCCACCGCGGCAGGACAGGCAGUCAAGGCGGGGCUGGAAGCGGGGCAGAGAGCGGUCUGCUUCACGCCCAGCCCCCACCGGCCAGCCUCAGGCAAGACUGUUGGGACGGUCACGGGAGGUUGGCGAGCCAUUCCCCAAGCGCGCCAGGAUUCUCCAAAGUGACAGUUCAUGCGCAGUUGCGCUAUUGUAUCCACAAGCACUUGUUAAUAAACCUCCUCCCCCCGGCGGCGGCUUUGCAUGCGGUUCCCCUCGGCCUCCUUCACAUGCAGGAUCUCCAAGCAUGGUUCUCAGCGCUCAGGGACAGACACAAGCGCGUUCGGGUGGAUCGGAGAUGCUGGAGAGCUCUGGCCCACGAAUGGCCGAGGAGCCUGUUAUAUGCAUAUCCCCCGAAGGCCUUGAUACCGGCGGUCUUAGAGAGGGUGAGGAGAGGCAGACACAAGACUAUCCUGAUAGCCCCUCAUUGGCCAGAUCAGAUAUGGUUUCCGGAGCUAAUGGCUCUACUGCAUGGCGAGCCGUGGAAGCUCCUGGCCCGCAAAGAUUAUUGUCCCAGGCGGACAUGGCGAUUUGGCACCCGGCACCGGAGAGAUGGCAGCUGGCGGCUUGGCCCCUGAGAGGCUGAGGCUACUUAGUGCGGGGUUGCCACUCUCGGUGGUGGAAACCAUACAGAGUGCCAGAGCCUUGUCAACCCGCUCACUAUA